AUGGAACAACUCAGAAAAAAAGAUUCUCAAGUAAAACAACUGCCUAGUGCAUCACUUCAACAAACAGAACAAGAUGAUGUCGACACAAUACCUGGUAUUCAUUCAAAAUUGAAGGAAUUUUCAGUUUCAUGUUUUUUAGCUUGUCGUGAAAAACUUGAUCACCACGAUGCAGUUGAUGAUAAUAAUAAUUAUCGAUACAAGUUAUCAAUACAGCCAAGAUCCAAUGUGAUUGUUAGAGAAUUGUUGAGAGAGUCACCCGAUGAAUUACAGGAAAUAUUAGGAGAUGAUGUUUGUACAAUAACUUAUGAUAAUCAUCAGCAAGAACAAUAUUUGGGAAGAAGUAAUAAUAAUAAUACAUUGGAAAAGGAUAUUGAAGACCUGAUUCAAAGUAUAAAUGAUUGUGAGGAGAAGGAAUAUUUGCAACCAACACAAACAAUGAUUGAGAGAAAUUCCGAAUUUAAAUAUCAAACAGUUUAUGCAAUAAUCAAAAAUCCCGAAUAUUUGUAUUAUAUUCAAUUGUUUGAUAAUUCUAUCAAUACAAGAAAUGAUAAGGAAGCAAUAUCGAAUAUUGAUAGAGCAAUUAGAUUAAUGCCAACCUAUUGUUAUGCUUACUUUAGGAAAUGUGUAUUCUUUUGGUCAAAGAAUGAUAGAAUUUCCAUAGCAAGAACAAUACGAUUUGCUUUCCAUCAUUGUUCAAAUACAACCAUGAACGAGUUUUGGUUUCAUGCUUUGAAAGGAUUGGAAUUGUAUUCAAAUUAUGAUUCACAGAGUGCAAUUCAUCAUUUCAAACAAUGCUUAAAGUGUUAUAGAGUUUGUAGGGAAAGUAUUUUCGUACCUCUGGUUUGGUGUGGAAAUUUAUACUUGGAGAGAGGAGAGGAAAGAGUUCAGAAAUCUAUUAGUUUCUACUCGUGUGGAUUGAAUCACAAAUAUGAAGGACUCUUUUUUGAUAGUGAAAUGGCUAUUCUGUACAAUAAUUUGGGAAGAGUUCAAUCAUUCAAUGAUCCAAGUGGUGCACUGAAAACUCUUACUUCUGGAGCUAAUUUAUUUCCAAACUAUGUUCUCAUUCAUAGAAAUAGAGGUGAUGUUUAUACCCAUCUCCUCCGACACGAAAGUGCCCUGAAAGAUUUUGAAAAGUGUAUUCAAUUAAUUGCCUGUACCUCUGCCAAAGUUGAAAUAAUGUGUGAAUGUGCUGAAAUUUAUUAUGUGAUUGAAAAUUGGAAGAGAGCACUCCAAAUCUAUGAACAAACCAAAGAAAUUAACAGGGACGCAUCAGCCUAUUUUCUACUAUCCCCAGUGAGGCAUGAAUUAUUCUCUCAGUAUCACCCCUAUGCAAAAGAGCCAGGUAUAGCUACUGAAGUUCUACUUGCUAUAGAAUAUAGUCCAACACAUAGAGAUUCUCUUGUUGUUAAGCUUUCCUUCCUGAGAAUGGAAACAAAAAAGCUUAUCAAAUUUUUACAACAUAAAUAUUUCGGUAGAAUUAGUUAA